UAUUGAUGAAAAUAAAUUAUAUGACAUUAAACUCAGCAAAAUAUAGUACAUAGAAUAAAACAAAAUACUAUAUAAAAAUUAUAAAUAUGUCAAGAAUAUGCAUUUUUACAAUUUUUAUGUUACUAAUUCUUGUUCAUAGUGAACAAAAUACACCUAUAGUUGUAACAACAUGGAAUUUCGUGAAUUCUACUAUCACCGCUUGGAAUAUUUUGAAGCAAGGUGGUUAUUCUCUCGAUGCAAUUGAAAAAGGAACUUCAGUAUGUGAAGAACAGCAAUGUGAUGGAACCGUAGGUUUCGGAGGAAGUCCAGAUGAAGACGGUGAAACAACAUUGGACGCUUUAAUAAUGGAUGGGAGGACUAUGAAUGUCGGUGCAGUUGGUGCACUGCGUAGGAUUAAGAACGCAGCUUCUGUAGCAAGACAUGUCUUAGAACAUACAAAACAUUCCAUUCUUGUUGGAGAGUUAGCAACACAAUUCGCAGAACAAAUGGGAUUUUGCGAAGAAUCUUUGACUACACCAGAUUCAAAAAGGAAGUGGUUAACAUGGUAUUACAGAAGCCAUUGUCAGCCUAAUUUCUGGGUGGAUGUCACACCUGAUCCAGCUAAAUCCUGUGGACCAUAUAGCAAAAUUGAUAAUUUUGGUCGCAAAAGUGACAAUUGGUUGCCAACCAAAAUAAAUAGAUUCAACCAUGAUACAAUUGGAAUGAUUGCCAUAGACAGGAAAGGAGAUGUUGCUGCUGGAACAUCUACAAAUGGGGCAAAGUAUAAAAUUCCUGGGCGCAUUGGAGACUCUCCAAUCCCAGGUGCAGGUGCUUACGCAGAUAAUUCUGUUGGAGGUGCUACUGCUACUGGAGAUGGAGAUAUAAUGCUCAGAUUUUUACCAAGUUUUCUUGCCGUCGAGGAAAUGCGUCGUGGUGCAACUCCAAAACAAGCUGCUCGGACUGCUAUAAACAGAAUAGCUUCACAUUAUCCUGAAUUCAUGGGUGCGGUCAUUGCUUUGAACAUAGAUGGAGUGUAUGGAGCUGCUUGCCAUGGUUUGGGAGAUGAACUAUUUCCAUUUGUGGUUCAAGAUAUCACUAUGAAUAAAUAUAAAAUUGAAACUAUCAACUGUACCUGGCCAUUCUAUAAUUUUACAGCAAAUUAGUGAUCUUAAUGUUGUUGUAAUAUUAUCGUUUUUUGUUCCUGUAUGUAAGUGUAAAAUUUGUGAUAAAAUGUAAAUACAUAUUGUUUAUCUAAAAAUAGUUUUUAAGUACCUAGGCAGUAAUGUUUAUUCUUUGUAUAGUUCACUUCUAUAGAUAUAAUCUAUGGUUAACAAACUUAAAACACCCUGUUUCUACUCUGUGACGAUUCUAAUUAAGCUUGUUUCAUUCAAUUAUAUUUUAAGUACAAACACUAGUACUAUUAAUACAAUACAACUUGAAAAACUAAU